AUGUCCGACGAUGAGGAGCGCGUAACCAUGCCGUUCAAGUUUGUGACGGCCGGCUUUGACGCCCGCUUUCCAAACCAGAACCAGACCAAGCACUGCUGGCAAAACUACGUCGACUACCACAAGUGCAUUCUGGCCAAGGGAGAGGACUUCAAGCCUUGCCGCCAGUUUUACCUCGCUUACCGAUCGCUUUGCCCAAUCGGCUGGACGACUAGAUGGGACGACCAGCGGGAGAAUGGUACUUUCCCUUCGAGGCUGGACCAGUAG